UGCCCGCGGGGGUCGCGUCCCUCCCGCCCGGCCGCUCUCCGGCACUUCCGGCUCGGCGCGGUGACGGCGCGGGGUCGCGCCCCACGUGACUGCACACCCGGAAGCGGCGCUGCCGCCCCCGGUACCGGGACCGCUCCCGUCAUGUGAAGCGGCGGGACGGGCUCCCGCAGGCCACGAUGGAGCCCACGGCCUCGCAGGUGUUCUGCGGGAGGGUGCUGGGCAUGGUGAACGCCGAGGACGUCAACGCCAUCAUCCUAGCCCAGAAAAACAUGUUGGAUCGGUUUGAGAAGACCAACGAGAUGCUGCUCAACUUCAACAACCUUUCCAGCGUGCGCAUGCAGCAGAUGAGCGAGCGCUUCCUGCACCACACCCGGACCCUGGUGGAGAUGAAGAAGGACCUGGACAGCAUCUUCCGGAGGAUCCGGGCGCUCAAAGGGAAGUUGGCAAAGCAGUACCCAGAGGCUUUCAGCAACAUCCACGAGUCCCCCAUCCUGGAGGACGACGACGACUUCGACCCCGUCCCCAAGAGCACCACGACCACCAUCGCUACCUCGGAGCAGAGCACGGAGUCCUGUGACACCAGCCCCGACGUCAUCUCCCCUGCCACCAGCCAGGAUUUUGAGGAUUUAUCCCAAGGCCACUACGACGGCCCGGCCGUGAACGGACAGAGUCUGACAGACGAGGACACGGCCAGCGGCCUGGGCUAGGAGCCACGUCCCACCCCGGAGAACUUUCUAUCCUCUAUUUAUAGCUGUGUGUCGCUCUUUUGGGUUUGCUUUUUUGCUUUUGGUUAUUUUUUUUUUUUUUUUUUUUUUUUUUUUUUUUUGGU